CAAAAUUUAAAACACACGGAGAGAGAAAGAAAUUUUCUGUAGAAAGAGAGAAAAAUGUCAGGAAGAGGAAAAGGAGGAAAGGGAUUAGGAAAGGGAGGAGCAAAGAGACACAGGAAGGUGUUGAGAGAUAAUAUUCAGGGAAUCACUAAACCAGCAAUAAGAAGAUUAGCAAGAAGAGGUGGUGUUAAACGUAUCAGUGGAUUGAUUUAUGAAGAAACAAGAGGUGUUCUUAAGAUCUUCUUAGAGAAUGUUAUUCGUGAUGCUGUUACUUAUACUGAACAUGCUAGAAGAAAGACUGUUACUGCUAUGGAUGUUGUUUAUGCUCUCAAGAGACAAGGAAGAACCCUCUAUGGAUUUGGGGGUUAGGGUUUUGUUUUUUACAGUUUUUGUAAAGAAUAUUUGAGAUUAGGUUUCAGUUUAUUUAUUUAUUUUUCUUUUGGGGUUUCAGAUGUAAUUGGAGAUUUACUUAAUCCAAUCUUUUAUAUCAUUUUCAAUUUCUCCAAUCAACAAAUCCGAUAUCAGCUAAUAUUAUUGAUUUUGAUUUCGAUCCACUAUUCAUUUCCUAAAAUGUACUCAUCUUACCAGAUGUCUGAUGUCUCCAUGCUCUUUUCCUCGUAUAUAAUAGUUUUCUUUUAUUUUGAUUGCAA